AACUCUCGACUGCGAAGUUUGGGGCUCCAGCGGUGUUCAUCUUUUUAUUAAUCGUCCUCAACCUUACAAAGCCCGGAUGGAGGCCUAAUGUCUCAAAUAUACAUAUAUGAAAACAAGAGCGGCACAACCUGAGGGUUACAACCUGAAGGAAGAAAGGAGGUGGUCUGGUCCCAGCGACAAAGUGCACCUUCAGGCUGGGUCUGUUCCAUUGACUGUGAAAUAUACAGUCAUAUACAGUCAUAUACAGUAUAUACAGUCAAUGGUCUGUUCCAAAAGUGUCUCAUCAGUCUGAUCGGACACAGCUGUAACUUUUUUUUCCAUCGCCUGUUUGACCUUCUGCAUCUUCAGUUUGCAGAUUGACUGGGUUGGAUUUUUCUGGGUGAAUUUGGCGUCCAGCUGCAGCGGCGGCGGCGUGCGGAGCUGCAGGCUGACCUGAGCCGCCUCAUUAAUAUGCAGGGCGUCCAGAUAAGGCCUCUCUGUGCCUCAUAAGAAUGGCUCAGUGUGAGAGAGUGUGGACGUUGCCCUCUCAGUGAAUGGAUUACGCCCUAAUCCCAUUAUGAUGCCGCUGCCAUGUGAGGGCUGAUUGGGAGGAUUAGAAACCGAAGGCUGGAGCCGGACCACCGGAUCAGCAGCAGAGCGGGCGACUCAACACCGCUAAGACAGUCUUAUGGCAACUGAGAAGAGUCUGGAGGACUCUUCUCAGAGAAGCAGACGUCUGUCUGUAAUCUGGGACUACGCUGACAUGGAAUUGAUUUUCCCGCCGUGACAGUAGGAUGUGUGGUUUCCCACAGGCCUUUGCUGAACUGUUGGGUUGUGGGUCGCGCUGUGACCGGCGCCGUACCAAAGGUCUGUUCAGGAGAAAUGAGCGAUGGGAAAAUGAUUAACCUGCUGGAUCUCUGCGAUGCGUGUCACUAUCAGAGCGUCAGGUGAAGGUCUGCAGGAAGGACGCAGAGCUCAAACCAGAGCAGGAGAGCAUCCGGAGCCCACGGAGAUGAGAGGCAGAGAUCCGGAGACGAUGCUCAGGACUUCUGACUCUGAACGGCUCCGUGAUCCUCAUUCCGCUCAGCUCUUUUCAAGCAGAUAGUUGAAGGUCCCACUUGGAUCUUUUGGUCCCAUCAGUCUGAUCCAGAAACGACAUGACUGUUGAGUUCUGAGGAUCCAUCCACAGAAACACCACAGGAGAACCUGCAUCUUCAUCGGCUCCCUCCUCGUCCUCCACUGCAGCUGCAGCUUCAGAACCUCCAAACUCUGAGAUCUCCUUGGCGAGGCGAUGGCGUCUGCUGCUCUGGAGCUGAUGGGUUUCAUCCUGGGUCUCCUGGGAAUGCUGGGAACCCUGGUGGCCACCGUCCUGCCGUACUGGCAGAUCUCCGCACACAUCGGCUCCAACAUCGUGACGGCGGUGGCCAACAUGCGCGGCCUGUGGAUGGAGUGCGUGUACCAGAGCACGGGGGCCUUCCAGUGCGAGACCUACAACUCCAUGCUGGCGCUGUCCUCCGACCUGCAGGCCUCGCGCGCGCUCAUGGUCAUCUCGCUGGUGUUGUCCAUCUUGGCCGUCCUCUUGGCGGUGCUGGGGAUGCAGUGCACGGUCUGCCUGGACAGCUCGGGCGCCCUGAAGAGUCGGAUGGCCGGUGCCGGCGGGAGUUUGUUCCUCGCCGCCGGCUUGCUGGCCCUCAUCCCCGUGUCGUGGACCACGCACGAGGUGGUGCAGACUUUCUACCAGCCCAACGUCCCGGCCAGCAUGAAGUUCGAGCUGGGGGAGUGCCUGUACCUGGGUCUGGCCUCGGCGCUCAUUUCCAUGCUGGGCGGGGGGUUGCUGAGCGUAUCGUGCUGCGAGGAGCGGGACGGCGGCCGCGGCAGACGGCACGGGGCGGGGCUGCCCUACCCGGUGGUCGCCGGCGUGUCCGGCGCUGGGGUUCGAACCACUUCCCAGACCUACCGCAACCCCACUCUGCAGGCGGGAGUCGGCCCGACCAGCAGGGGGCAGACGCUGGUCCGCAGCGCCAGCGGCAGCUCGGGGUCGAACGCUCAAAGAGUUCAGGGGGGGAAGAAGCCGACGGCCGCAGGAUAUGAUGUCACAGGAUACGUCUGAGGCUCCUCCUCCACUCCGAAGUUCAUGGAUGGAUUUGAUUUUUCACACUUUUUUAGAGGCACUGACGUAAAAAAGAGAUCGUCUUCUCACAAUCUGCAGGAUAUUUAAAGACAAUUGUUUGUUUUUUAUGAAAAACUAUCAUCAGAAAACUUUUAAUAGAAACUUUGAGUUUGAGAAACUGUCCUCGUUUGUUCAUCUCAAAGAGUUAAAAGCAUUAAAAAAGUUUGAAUAUAAAUUUAAAAGUGAGAUCAUCAUAUAUGAUUAAGGUUAAAUUCUGUAUUUCUUUUUGUUAGUAAAGACCUUCUCUGAUGAAAAUCAUGUUGUGGCAUUUUCCUAAUGAUGGACGACGUAUAUAAAGAAUAUUGCAUUUCUUAGUAUUUUUUUUAUUCAAAUUACUUUGAACCAGGAAAAGAAGAAAAAUUGCCGUUUGAAAAAGAUCAUAUUUGUCACAUAGAAAAUCUGCUGGGCGGGGCCACAAGCUCCUUGCUC